AUGUCUACUCUCAUCAAUGGAGUAAACUUGAUCCUUGUGCUCAGCGAUGUGUCUUUAUUGGUUACUCUUCUACUCAUAAGAGUUAUAAGUGCUCAUCUACCUAUCCAGAAGGUGCAUGUUACUUUAGACGUGACUUUCCAUGAAGAAGUGCCCUAUAAUGUCUCUCUCUCCUCUCCAAUUCAGGGGGAGAGGAGGAGUGAAUUGGAGAGUCUUGCAUUGGAGAAUGAUGUGUUUGAAAAAAUUGCUCUUGGGAAGGAAACGACCUGUCGCACUGAAGCAAGUGACCGGUCACCCAUAUUUGAAGAUGAAACUUGUGGUCUCUGUAAAGAAACGACUGAUCGCCCUUUGGAACUUAACCGGUUGCCCAUAUCUGGAGAUGAAGCAAGUGCUCUCGAUGUCGAAACGACUGAAAACACUGAAGCAAGUGACCAGUCUUGUAUCUGA